GCGUGGGAGGUGCUCGAGCGAGGAGGGGAUGGCGGAGGUGAAGGGCGUCGCUCAAACUGGGAUCUCUCCAAUAAUCAUGGAUACCACCAGGAAGGUACCAGUAAUUCGCAAAUCCCUCAAACCAGCAAGACCAUUACAUCGUUUAUCUGCUGAUUUAGAUUCUGCUGUAUGUAUUGAUUACCUACCACCGGUUUUACAUCAAAACGAAGUUUCAUGGAGUGAAGAGAACUGGACUAUUUCAAGCGGAUAUGCACAACGGGAAACCAAAUGGAGUGACGUCCCAACAUUUAGAAGCAAACAAGAUCUUAAAGGACAAGAACGACCGAUAGAAAGACGUCAUUCUGGUCAGGGAGAUGGCACAAAGAAGGAUGCAGAGAGGAUUACAUACAGCAGAGAAUUCCUGAUGAAAAUUGCUAGCUUGCCUAUUUCAAAAGAGAAACCUGAAUUUUUGCCAUCUCUUCCUGUGGUAUUAGAGAGGCCAAGAGAGAGGUUGUAUGGAAGUGGACGGGGUUUAUGUUUUGCUUACCAAAAGAUGGCUACCAAUCAUCAUGGAAUUGCUGGCUGAUUGACAGUUGUAAAUCAAGUCCUGAAC